GUUUACAGCACUACAUUUCCCAGAAGCCUCCGUUGACACUUGUAAUCACGUGACUUUGUAUAUAACACUAACACGUGAGCUUUCUCCCUUUCUGUUACUUUCUUUUUGAAGGUGAAUCGUCUGCUAGCGUGUGACUCCGGCCUCCAUACAAUACAGCCAGAAGAUGUCGACAGUGUCUGCUGCCUGCUUGGAACCUGCUGUGGUCACUGAGCAGAAGAAGCCUCUGAAGCCAUGCUGUGCUUGUCCAGAGACAAAGAAAGUCAGGGAUGCUUGCAUCAUUGAGAAUGGAGAGGAAAGCUGCACAGUCCUGAUCGAGGCACACAAAGAUUGCAUGAGGGCGCUGGGAUUCAAGAUCUAACAACUCUUUUUGUUUGUGUGUGUUGCUGUGCAAGAUGACCCUGGGUGUUCCUUCUUUCCCAUCUUAUUUAUACCUUUUCUUAAAGGGAAAUGUGACGAUGCACUUCUGCUCUGAUGGGUUGAUUGUGUUUCUGUAAUAGUUUUUUUUAAAAAUCUGUAGAAUGCGUGAAAUGUCUAAAUCUGUUGAAUAAAAGUCCUAUGCAAUAAGA